UCCAUCAGAAAAAAUCAGAACGUUUCGACUUCCCGUCUCUGUUUAUCUACAACCAACACAGACAGGCCAAAGCAAUCGAUCAACCAGAAGAAAUACCAAUUCAAAUUCUUCAAACGCAAUUGUAUAUAUUUACCCGCCAUUGUUGCAGAAAAGCUUCAGCUUCCUCCUUACAAGUGUUUGUUAGGUAUCAAUUAAUUGGUGAAGGAAAAUGAAUCCUGAUAGCUUUACUCACAAGACCAAUGAGACUCUUGCCGGAGCUCAUGGCCUGGCCAUGGAAUCCGGCCACGCUCAGAUCACGCCGCUCCAUCUUGCAACCGCGUUGGCAUCUGAUCCCAGCGGCAUUUUCAGCCAAGCCAUCGCCAAUGGCGCUGGCAAUCCCGAUGCUCCAAAGUCCGUAGAGAGGGUGUUCAACCAGGCCCUGAAGAAGCUUCCAUCUCAAUCACCUCCGCCGGACGAAAUCCCAGCCAGUUCAUCCCUCAUCAAAGUGAUUAGGAGAGCACAGAAAGCGCAGAAGACAAGAGGGGACACACACCUGGCCGUUGAUCAGUUGAUUCUCGGUCUGCUCGAGGAUUCCCAGAUUGGGGACUUGCUGAAGGAAGCCAGCGUUGCUACGGCCAAAGUGAAAUCUGAAGUCGAAAAGCUUCGUGGGAAGGAAGGGAAGAAGGUGGAGAGUGCUUCAGGGGAUACUACAUUUCAGGCAUUGAAGACUUAUGGACGGGACCUUGUUGAGCAGGCUGGGAAGCUUGACCCGGUUAUUGGCCGUGAUGAGGAGAUAAGGAGGGUGGUGAGGAUUCUUUCGAGGAGGACUAAGAACAAUCCGGUUCUGAUCGGAGAGCCGGGAGUUGGAAAAACUGCUGUGGUGGAAGGACUGGCUCAGAGGAUAGUCGGUGGUGAUGUCCCUAGUAAUCUGGCUGAUGUGAGGCUCAUUGCAUUGGAUAUGGGAGCUUUGGUGGCCGGGGCUAAGUAUCGAGGGGAGUUCGAGGAGCGGUUGAAGGCAGUUUUGAAGGAAGUGGAAGAGGCUGAGGGGAAGGUGAUUCUGUUUAUUGAUGAAAUUCACCUUGUUCUUGGCGCUGGAAGGACAGAGGGGUCUAUGGAUGCAGCCAACCUGUUCAAGCCAAUGCUCGCACGGGGGCAGCUGAGGUGCAUUGGCGCAACAACUCUUGAGGAGUACAGAAAAUAUGUGGAGAAGGAUGCUGCAUUUGAGAGAAGGUUCCAGCAGGUUUACGUGGCGGAGCCUAGUGUUCCGGACACAAUUAGCAUCCUUCGAGGACUGAAAGAGAGGUAUGAGGGUCACCACGGUGUUCGAAUUCUGGACAGAGCUCUUGUUGUUGCUGCACAGCUUUCUAGCCGGUACAUCACAGGGCGACAUCUCCCUGACAAGGCGAUUGAUCUAGUUGACGAAGCUUGUGCGAAUGUGAGAGUCCAACUUGACAGCCAGCCUGAAGAAAUUGAUAACCUCGAAAGGAAGAGGAUGCAGCUGGAAGUUGAGCUUCACGCACUUGAGAAAGAGAAGGACAAAGCUAGCAAAGCUCGUCUUGUCGAGGUGCGAAAAGAGCUCGAUGAACUGCGAGACAAGCUACAGCCGCUGGUGAUGAAGUAUAGAAAGGAGAAGGAAAGGGUUGAUGAGCUUCGAAAGCUUAAGCAGAAGCGUGAAGAGCUCUUGGUAGCGUUAGCAGAGGCCGAAAGAAGAUACGAUUUAGCUAGGGCCGCAGACUUGCGUUAUGGCGCUAUUCAGGAGGUGGAAACCACCAUUGCAAAACUUGAAGGUAGUACCGACGAGAACUUGAUUUUGACGGAGACGGUUGGACCAGAACAAAUUGCAGAGGUAGUAAGCCGUUGGACUGGCAUACCUGUCACGCGGCUUGGCCAGAAUGACAAAGAAAGGUUAAUUGGACUUGGGGAAAGGUUGCAUAAGAGAGUAGUGGGGCAAGAGAGGGCAGUUGAAGCUGUCGCCGAGGCGGUUUUAAGGUCAAGAGCGGGGCUAGGAAGGCCACAACAGCCUACCGGCUCCUUCCUGUUCUUGGGUCCAACUGGUGUUGGUAAAACUGAGCUUGCGAAGGCGCUUGCUGAACAACUUUUUGAUGACGAAAAUCUGAUCGUCAGAAUUGACAUGUCCGAGUAUAUGGAACAACAUUCCGUUUCGCGCUUAAUUGGCGCUCCCCCUGGGUAUGUUGGUCACGAUGAAGGCGGGCAACUCACAGAGGCCGUGAGGCGGAGGCCUUACAGCGUUGUGUUGUUUGAUGAAGUGGAGAAGGCCCACACCGCCGUUUUCAACACUCUCCUCCAAGUCCUGGAUGAUGGAAGACUAACUGAUGGACAAGGCCGUACAGUUGAUUUCAGAAACACGGUGAUCAUCAUGACUUCGAAUUUGGGGGCAGAACAUCUCCUCUCCGGUUUGAUGGGCAAGUGUUCGAUGCAGGUUGCGCGUGAUCGAGUUAUGCAAGAGGUGAGAAAGCACUUCAGGCCUGAGCUGCUGAAUCGUCUCGAUGAGAUUGUUGUGUUCGAUCCUCUUUCUCGCGAUCAACUGAGGAAGGUUGCCAGACUGCAAAUGAAAGAUGUUGCAGUCCGACUGGCUGAGAGGGGCGUCGCGAUGGCAGUUACAGACGGAGCAUUGGAUUACAUUCUAGACGAGAGUUAUGAUCCCGUUUACGGUGCUAGACCUAUUCGGAGAUGGCUCGAGAAGAGGGUGGUGACGGAGUUGUCGCGGAUGCUUGUGCGAGAAGAAAUAGAUGAAAACUCGACCGUGUUCGUAGAUGUAGCGCCAACGGGAACUGGGCUGCUGUACCGGGUUGAGAAGAACGGAGGGCUUGUCAAUGCGGCGACAGGGCAGAAGUCGGAUGUGUUGAUCCAGGUCUCGAAUGCCAACGGGCCAAGGUCUGAUGCAGAACAGGCUGUUAAGAAGAUGAAGAUUGAGGAAAUUGAUGAAGAUGUUGACAUGGAUGAGUAAACCUUCCGUCUUAAACUCGUGAAAAGAUAGUGAAAAAUGCAGAACAGUUCCGGCAUCAAGUGUUUUAAGAGUGUUGUUUUUGAGUUUCUCUUGUAUAAUAAAAACUUUGUAUUCGUAAUCCGUACGAAAUUUUUUUUUUUGUGCUUCGGUGUAUCUUAUGCGGCCGGAAUUUUAAGUCGUUAUAUCUUUUGUUACUUGACAAAAUUUAGUUAUGUCUUUUUGUUAUUGGACUUGAUCAAAGAUUUAACGAUUAAAAUUCAUAUGUGA